CGCGCGAUAUUUUGUAAACACCACAACAAGAACAUCGACCAGUGCAGUGCAGUGUCUCUUCACUUUUAUCUAAAUUGACCUUGGCCUUUGAUUCAGGAAAGUUAUCAUGUACUCGAAUGUGUGCAAUGGCUUUUAAGUCUUCCCAUGUAUAUGCUUCAUUCUUGUCUCCCCCGGACAAAGGGAGAAAUUUGGAGGAAACCGAGGUGAAAACCGGCGACAGAGAGCUACCAAAAUGCCGUGAAAUCCAAGUGAGUGCGGUCGGUGAAGCCUUCGCCACGCCGAACCGUGCCCGUGUGAGUGUGGUGGUGAGAAGCCAGAAAGAAACUGUAGCGGAUUCCAAGAACAGCGUUUCCAGACGACUCGAUUAUGUCAUACAAACUCUGCAUACACACAACGUGAAGGAGGGAGAUGUGAAUACAACAAGAUCCAUCAGAAGAAUUGACGGUCUCUUUCACGUUGAAGCAGAAGUCGUGAUUGUCUUUGUUGAUCUUCUCAAAUGCCAGGAGGUGUGUAACUUUCUCGUUGAGAAACUGGACGACUCUGUCACCGUCUCCCUUCCUUGCUUCUUCCACGCACCCCACAAUGUGGAUAAUGUCAGGAGACAGGCCUGUGUAAAUGCAGUGAAGAAUGCGAGGCAGAAAGCCAUCGAGGUAACACGGUUACUCCGUCAAUCAUUGGGUCAUCCCAUUAUGAUAAAGGAGGAGCAAUGUCAUGAGUGGGAGGGACCUGCUGAGGCUCAGGACACGAGUAAUGGUCAAGAAGGACCGAUUACCUUUCAACAACGAUUGACCUCGGGGACUUUGAAUGCAUCAGUCAAGAUCCUGGCCAGUUUUGAACUUAUUCCAAGAGAAAAGAUGAAAGCCAGUAAGACGUGACAGAGGCUAAGGGAGUACUACCCUGAGUGAAUGAUUGACAUU